UUCCUGCAUACUGUAGUUGAAAUAGCACAGCACAGAAUCAUAGGUUGCACUUUCAGAGGCACUUUACAAAUUUUCCGGACCAAUUUGAAAUAGAAAUACAGGCAAACAUUAUGGAGUUAUUGGACAUCUGUGUUGAUGUGGAGAAACCUUCAGGUCGUUGUAUCAAGUGUAAGACGGAAAGAAAGACCGACAUAAACAGCUCUGAAAAUAUUUAUGAAAAUGAAGACAUGCUGAACACUUUGGAGACAAACACGAUGGAACCUGCUGUCUCAGGUGCUGGGAAUUUGAAUAAGAGCUGCAGAGCUGCUGCAGUGUCUUGGGUCAUGCUGUUUCUUCUUCUGGCUGGUCUCAUAACUCUGGCUGUCCUGCUCGUAAAAUGCAAAUCUGCCUGCAAAAUGGAAAUGGACCUAUUAUACAACAACCUGACCAGAGAGAGGAACGAGGUGCAGAUGCAAAACAAGAACCUGUCUGAAGAACAAGACCAGCUCCAGAACAGAUUUGAAGACGUGACCAAUGAGAGGAAUGAUGUUCAGAAAAAGCUUCAAGCUUUGCAAUCCCUCGGAUGGACGUUUUUCAGCCAGAGUUUAUAUUACGUAUCCUCAGUGCAGAAAUCCUGGAAUGAAAGCAGAGACGACUGCUUGCAGAAAGGUGCAGAUCUUGUGAUUAUCGACAGCCAUGAAGAGCAGGAAUUUACAAGAAGUUUUAAAAAAAGCUCCUGGAUUGGACUGACGGACAUUGACACUGAGGGAACAUGGAAAUGGGUGGAUGGGACUCCACUGACCACAAGUUACUGGGCCGUUCAUGAGCCAAAUGGAUUUCCAGGCAGAGAUGAAGACUGUGCAGAAAUAAUACCAUAUAUUUUGUUUAAAAGCUGGAAUGAUGUAUCAUGUAACUUCAAAAAAUUCUGGAUCUGUGAAAAGGUCAUAAGUUAAUCAGCUUGGUUACUGCAUUAACUCUAUGAAUAUCAUGUACUAGUGCUCUACUACUUCUAUUCUAUUUUAUUCUAUUCAAAAUGGGUUAGUUGGUUCAUUACUGUAUGACAUUUGGUUGUACAUAUAACUCCAAGGAAAUAAAAGCAGAACAUUUCCAGAACUUAAUAUAAGAAACAUUAUUUUUUACUACUACUGAUUUUACUACUAAAACAACAUCAACUUUGAUCUAUGACCAUUUUGUUACUUAACCUUCGGAAUAUGUCUGCUGACUUAAUACACAGUGGGAUGUUUGAUGUGACUAGGAACCCAUAAACAUUAUAAUAGCAUUUUGUAGAAAUCGUAACUCUUCAAA